AUGCAAAUGGCAGCCACCGACCAGAGUAAGACGGCGACCAGGAGGUUCGGAUGGCUGUACGUGGCGCGGUGGGCGGUGGCGUCCGUGGUGACCGUGCUGGCCGUGGCAGUGAUCGUUCGGGCCGUGGUGGUGAUGCUCCGCCCUGAGAAGCUGCAGCUCAAGCUCUCCGGCGGCCGCGUGGCAGUCGACUGGAUCCCGUCGAUGCCGCCGCCGGGCAACGAGGUGGCGCUCAACUUCGUCCUAGUGGCCAACAACCCCAGCGGGCGCGCCUCCGUCGAGUACACCAACGUCACCGUCCGGCUGACGGACGUCACGAGCGCGUCGUCGCCGUCGCCGACGAAGAUCGCCGAGUUCGACCUGCCGGAGUCCAUCCCGGUGCUGCAGCGGACGGCGCACGAGGCGAUGGUGAGGGUGGGGAUGACGCCGGGCGAGGACGUGCCGAUGCGGUACGUGCGGGCGCUCUUCGAGGGGCGCAGCGUCGACGGCGUGGAGAUGAUGCUGCGCGGGGUGUUCCACAGCCACGUGGCCAUGGCCAGCGGGGACUACGUCACCACCAGCGACCUCGCCACGUACUACUGCUGGCCAGUGACCAUCGCCGUCGGUGGCCCGUCGUCGUCGUCGUCCUCGUCGCCAGACUACACCAGCGUCGUCGUCACCGACGCGCCGUGCCUGGACAAGUCGGAGGCCCCGGCCAUCGUGUGA